AUGGGCUUCGACCGCGAGCACGUGGUGCGGGCGCUCAGGGAGUGCGGGCGUGGGGAGUCGUGGAAAGAGGCCGCGAUAUCGUUGCUGCUGGAACCCCAGGUGUCGUCACUUGCUGGGUGGGAGGAAGGGCUGAGCGGGACUGGGCGCCAAGGAGCAGCGGCGAUGCAAAGGUUUGCCGACGCCGCCCCUGCGGCCAGCCAAUCACCGUGCCCGGUCUGCUUUGAGGAUAUCCAGGCGGGGGAGGUGUUCACGGUGGACUGCAAGGAACAGCACACUUUCUGCGUCGAUUGUCUCCACCAUCACUGCAGAGUGCAGCUGCUAGAUUCACUCAUCCCAGCCUGUCCGCUCUCGACCAUGAAGUGCGGCCACGAGCUCGGCCAAGAGGAAGUCGAGCGGGUGUUUCUCCUGAAGAGCUACUCUUCCGCCAGCGCCGGCGGCAAGGACGGCGGCGACACCACGGGCGUGUCGGAAGAGGACAGGCGGGCUUUGGACACCUGCCGCAACCUGCUGACGCGGAGGGGGCUAGAGUCGACCGGGGCGAUCCCGUGCGUAAGCCCGGAGUGCGGCAACUGGAUGGUGCCGGAGGGGGGCGGGCAACGCGUCAAGUGCGCGUCCUGCUUGGUCGAGUUCUGCAGAAGGUGCAAGCGCUCUCCGUACCACUACGCGGCCGAGUGCGACGAGGUCGUCCGCCUGUCCCGGGAGUGGUCCCACUGGCUCUCCGAGGGCAAGGCGGCCUUCCUCGGGGCCAUGGCGGCGCAGGACGACCAGCACAGGGCCCUGUUGGACAGGCACAACAGGAAGAAGGAGGAGCACGACCGCGCGGUGAAGGAGGCGCAGCGCGUGCGGCUUGAGUACGAGCGGAUGGAGGAGUGGAAGGAACAGAGGUGCCGGUGCUGCCCCCACUGCGGCAGGACCAUCGAGAAGCUCAGCGGUUGCGACAUGAUGGCGUCGACGCUCAUGGCGGGAACGUUCAGAAUGGCUGCGGCAAGAGAUUCACGUGGAGUCGAGCACGGCCUUACCGAGGCGAUCGGGGAGAGUGCAAGGCAACGCCGUUCACCGAACAAGAGCCGGCGGCGGCGGCUCGCUCGAGGCACUUCAUCGCCGACGGGAUCGCCCUCCGGUGCGACCGCUGCCACCGGGACGUCGUCGGCCCCCUCUUCCGCUGCGUGCACUGCCCAUCGUUCGCGUGCUGCCUGGAGUGUCAGGACGUCGCCAGCAACGACCCACGCCACGUGCAUCACAUCUUUCGUGUGGUGAAUGGAGAUAAGGAGCAGAAUGCAUCCUCGCCGGAAUCAGGAGCACCAGCAGCAGCAGCAGCAGCAUCACGAGUAGCGGCACCACCAGACGCAGCAGCAGGGAAUAUUGGGCAGAGGACGAGGCUGCGGCCGUAGCGGUAGCAGGGCACGGUAUGGUUGACAUGGAUGUCAAGCGACCUUUGGUGUGAAAAUACCUCUGCGAGUUGGGAAGCUUUGCAUCACGUCGAACUCAAUACACGUACUUUUAAUCUCGGGGACGGGCCGCACGAAGGGAAGCGGAGCGGCACCGCAGCAAUCACCGCAGCAGCAAAACAGCUCGUUUGAUAUGUCAGGUCAAUCGCGCUGUGGGAGCUGGGUCUGCGUUCGGCGCGUCGACGACCGGGGCCACUCAUGCCGCCGCCCCUCGACAGCAAGGGCGGGCCGCUUAUUGCUUAGGCCGGACCCCGGUUGUCGGCAUUGUACAUUGUGAGGGGGGGGGAGAGUGAGGUCUCGGGGGAAUUAUGGGCAUUCCUCUUGUGGUUGUCUCUCAUAUGGUGUGGAGAAGAUGAUGAAUUGGAGUGUAAAUGUCUUGCUGCAUGUGGCGUUUGAGAUGUUGAGCGUUGUCACAGCGCGCGCGCUAACUGUUGGUGAUGAUGUGCUAUUAUAAUACACAGCAGUUGGCAAGUGGGUGUGUUUUGCAGUUAUUGCCUGGAGAGAGAGAAAAAAAAAAGGGAUUUUAUACCAUUAACCCCUUGACUACGGGUGGGUCUCUCCUGUGACGAGCUGUUGGCACCGAAUCCACGUUGUGUUGCUCCUUCGAUUCGCCGCCGGGCUAGAUGAAAACAUUUGUGGGAUGGAUCCCUGGGCUUGAUUCAGAUUGAUGUCAAUGUUCCUCCGUGGUGUAUCCUGUGUCGCGGGGUACCAUGGGUGCCGUGUUGUUUUGUAGCCCUGAAUGUAGCUGGACGUGGUAGUUUUAGCAGAGUACCUUGUGAGGAGUCUCGAAGCACAAUAAAAACCGUUGUAUCA